CAAAAAGUCAGUGUGUGGAAGAUUCUGCAUAUAGACAGCCUAAAGCACUGAGAAACUGUGCAAGAAACUAAAUGGAAAAUAUUCAAUACCUAGUAAUCUAAUGAAACAUGUAUUUGGGAGCGGUAGACCUGCAGUGCGAGGCCAACAACACGCAACAUCACACCGCGGAGAUGGGCACGGACAGGCUCAUCGUCCGAAGAGGGCAAGAAUUCCGCCUGGCUGUGCAAUUCAAGCGCCAAGCCUUCCGGGAGGGCGAAGACCAGCUCACACUCUCGCUGGACACAGGGCCUUCGUCAUCGAACACGGACAGAAUUUCUAUUGAAGCUGUGAAAUCGACAGCGAAGAAGGACAAGUGGACAUAUAGUGUGAAGUCCACUCCGGGGCACAUCCACCUGGCCGUGCACAGCCCCGCAGACGCCUGUGUUGGCGUCUAUAAAAUGCACGUACUCUUCUGCCCCGGUGGGGGAGAAGGUUCGCAAAGGAUCACUGUAGGGACCUUUCAUCUUCUCUUCAACCCCUGGAGUAAAGAGGACUCCGUGUACUUGGCUGAUGAUGAUCUUCUGGACGAGUAUAUUCUGAAUGACAAUGGAAUCAUUUACCGUACUGCCUUUCUCCCACUAGCAUGGAAUUUUGGACAAUUCGAAAAAGAUGUCAUCGACAUUUGCUUUCAAAUUUUGGAUAACAGUCUACCUGCUCUGGAGGAUCCUUUGACCGAUGCAUUGAAGAGAGGUGAUCCGAUAUAUAUCAGCAGAAUAUUGACUGCUAUGGUGAAUGCAAACGAUGACAAAGGCAUAAUUCUGGGGAGGUGGGAUGGCGAUUACUCCAACGGGACGGCUCCCACCAGGUGGAAUGGAAGUUUACCGAUUUUACGCAAGUGGAGCAGUUCUGGGGCCGGGAAAGUGCGAUACGGGCAGUGCUGGGUCUUCGCUGCUGUUGCUUGCUCAGUUUUGAGGUGUUUGGGGAUUCCAAGUCGUUGUAUUACAAAUUACUCCUCUGCUCAUGACUGUGAUGGUAAUUUGAAAGUGGAUCAUUAUUUUAAGGUCGAAGAUUCUUUACACGUGCUUCCAGAAAGGAAAGACAUGGUAUGGAACUUCCACUGCUGGGUCGAGUCAUGGAUGGCCCGUCCCGACCUGCCCUCUGGCUAUGAUGGAUGGCAAGUAUUGGAUCCAACACCUCAAGAAAGGAGUGAUGGGAUAUUCUGCUGUGGUCCUUGCCCCGUCAAAGCAAUAAAAGAAGGUGAGAUGGAUGUCAAAUACGAUGCCGUGUUCGUCUACGCUGAGGUCAAUGCAGAUGUGGUUUUCUGGAUAAUGAAAAAGGAUGGAACAAUGAAAGAACUACUAAAGAAACAAAACGUGGUGGGAAAACACAUUGUUACCAAAAGUCCUUACUCGGACAAAAAGGAAGAUAUCACAUUGGAUUAUAAAUACCCAGAGGGUUCCAAAAAGGAACGAGAAGUCUACAACAAAGCAGGAAAGAAAAUCCAUCCCACUGACACUGAGUACCAAGACUUAAAGGUCAUCGUCAAACAUGUUUAUGCAGUACUUGGAAGCAAUUUCAAUGUCUAUUUUGAUAUUGCUAAUAAUGGCUUUAUAGACAAAGACAUCGAUAUGAUUCUGUCUGCAAGUGCUAUAACCUAUUCAGGGGCCAUUUUAAAGCAAUUCUGCAAGAGGUCGACUAAAUUCGUAUUAAAAGCUGCCUCAGAGAAAAAAGAAGUUCUGAGACUGAGAUACGAGGAUUAUGGUGAACACAUCACUGAGCACAAUUUAAUUCGAUUGACUGCCAUGCUUGUAACUGAGGAUAUGUCUGAAGUGAGCCUGAAGGAGAAGGAUAUUGUUUUGAAAGUGCCUCGGCUUGCUGUGAGGGUUGAAGGUGAAGCAAUUCUCCACAAGAAGCUGACUGCUCAAAUAAAAUUUGUAAAUCCUCUUCCCAUCACACUUACUAAAGGCGUCUUCAGCGUGGAGGGCAGUGGACUCACAGAACUACAACAAAUUGAAUCUCCAAUUGCUGCCAUUGGCUCAGGUGAAGAAGUUGUGGUGACUGCAACGUUUACACCCUUCAAGACUGGUUUGCGGAAGCUUUUGGUGGAUUUUGACAGCAACUGGCUCUGUGAUGCCAAAGGGUCUAUCAACAUCAUUGUCAGACAGGCUUAGCAA